AUGAGGACAAUGAUGGCCACACUCCUGUGGACAAUUUGGGGCUGCUCCUUCUUCACCCUCUCAGCUGCAUCAGAACCAGAGCGUCGCUUGCUGGAGAAGCUCUUCAAGGAUUACAACCUGAAGGUGCGGCCUGCACAGAGCUGGGAGCAGAAGGUGAUGGUGAGAGUGGGAAUGACUCUCUCUCAGCUCAUCAGCCUGAACGAGAAGAAUGGAGAGAUGACGACCAACGUGUUCAUGAAUCUGGCCUGGGUAGAUUACAGACUUUCCUGGGAUCCUACAGAAUAUGACAGCAUCCGGGUCCUGAGAAUACCUCCCAACAAAGUGUGGCGUCCAGACAUCUACCUCAUCAAUAACAACGAUGGCCAGUUUGACGUUGCCCUAUAUGUGAAUGUUUUGGUGUACAGUGACGGAACAGUGAACUGGCUCCCUCCAGCCAUCUACCGCAGCACCUGUUCCAUAGAGGUGGCAUACUUCCCCUUCGACUGGCAGAACUGCUCCAUGGUGUUCCGCUCCUACACCUACGACUCCUCAGAAGUGGACCUGCAGUAUGCUCUGGAUGAGAAAGGCCAGGAAAUUCAUGAGAUUAUCAUUGAUAAGAAUGCUUUCACUGAGAAUGGCGAAUGGCAGAUCUGUCACAAGCCCUCGAGGAAGAAUGUUAGGGAGGGCCUGUACGAGGACAUCACCUUCUAUCUGAUCAUCGAGAGGAAGCCGCUCUUCUACAUCAUCAACAUCAUUGUGCCCUGUAUCCUUACCAGUGUUCUGGCUAUUUUUGUGUUCUACCUGCCACCUGACGCAGGUGAGAAGAUGACCCUGUCCAUCUCUGUCCUCAUCGCCCUCACGGUCUUCAUGCUCCUGCUGGCUGACAGGGUCCCUGAGACCUCCCUCGGCAUCCCCAUCAUUGUUAACUACGUGAUGUUCACCAUGAUCCUCGUCACUUUCUCGGUUAUCCUCAGCGUGGUGGUGCUCAAUCUCCACCACCGCUCACCUCACACCCAUCACAUGCCCCUGUGGGUGCGCAAGGUGUUCAUCCACUUCCUGCCAAGAUACCUGGGGAUUAAGAGGCCCCACCCAGAGGAACCCCUGGAGGAGGAGCCCAAAGAGGACACUCCCUUAUCCCGUUUAGAUGGCCUGAGGCGUCCCGGAGAGUACUUCACCCGGAACAUCAAUCCUGAGCUUGUGCUUCCCUGGAGGGACAGGAGUAACAGCACGGUCAAGUUGCAAAGGUACUUUGAUACGGACAACUACUGCCUGAUCCUGCCCGCUGACCUCAAGUCGGCCAUCGCCGCUGUCACGUACAUGGCGGAGCAGCUGAAGAAGCAGGACACGGACGACACACUGAAAGGUGACUGGCAGUAUACUGCCAUGGUUGUGGACAGACUCUUCCUCUGGCUCUUCGUCAUCAUCACCACCCUGGGAACUUUGACCAUGUUCCUGGAUGCCAGCUUCAAUUACACCCCCGACCAGCCGUUUGCCUGA